GGUUCGGCCUGCCAGCCAGCCGCUCUACCAGUGAAAAGGGCACGGCCAGUGGCAAACACGCCCAUUCCACAACCGGCGCAUUGAUAACGCCAAGCGGUAUCUCCAGACGAAGAAACACGGCCGCAGCAGAUCCGUCUCCGUCGUGCUCGUCGUCUUGUAACAGAGGAAAAUUCUUCGUCUAAAGAAUCGAUAUUCGUUUCCACAUUGGAAAGGCGACGCGCAGGAUUCGAGAAGUAAAGGGAGCGUUUCAAGGUCGAGCGUUUUUGGGCACUUGGACAAAGGGCUUAGGGGCAGAGGUUUUUCCGAAGUGGGACUCUUUGCAUGGGGAAAAGACAACAUUUUGCAGUGUUUCAAGUACCAUGAGGGCGUUGGGCGUCGAGUUCGCACCUCUCAACAUACCGCUCAGGCGGCGGAUGCAGACGCUGGCGGCGUUGUUCUGCGCGUUCCUCUUCUUCCUCAACGUCGUCUGGGGCGCGGCACUCUUCGCGUACCUGCUCUUCUUCACGUCCUUCUACUACGUCCCGCUGCUGUACACCAUCUGGUUGGUCUACGACUUCAAGAGGCCCAAGCGCGGCGGACGCCCCAACGGCUGGGUGCGUCGGUGGCUCGUCUGGAAGUACGCCGGAGAGUACUACCCGGUGAGCCUGGUGAAGACGGGCGAGCUGGACCCCAACCGCAACUACAUCUUCGGCUACCAUCCGCACGGCAUCUCUUGCGUGGGUGCCUUCCUCAACUUCGGCACGGACGCUACGGGCUUCAGCGAGCUUUACCCCGGCAUCACGACGGUGCUGCUCACGCUCAACGUAAACGUCCACUGUCCUUUCUCGAGGGAACUCUGCCUGCUUUGCGGUCUUAUCUCGGCGGACCGGAACAGUCUGCAGUGGACCCUGACGAAGCAGGGCGGGGGCAAUGCGGCAGUCAUUGCCGUCGGCGGUGCCCAAGAGGCCCUGGACGCUCACAAGGGCAUGUCCGUGCUGACGCUCAGGAACCGCAAGGGAUUCGUCCGCUGCGCACUGCAAUGCGGGGCCGACCUAGUGCCAGUUUUCUCCUUCGGUGAGAACGACAUCUACUACCAGGCGAAGAAUCCACCGGGCUCGAGGCUACGCCGGUUCCAGGAAGAGAUGAAGGCCUUGACGGGAUUCUCACCCGUCAUCUUUCACGGAAGAGGCAUAUUUCAGUACAACUUCGGCUACGUACCUUUCCGGGAGAGAAUCGUCACCGUGGUGGGAAAACCACUUGGAGUGCCCAAAAUAGAAAACCCAACGGCGGAGGACGUCUCCUUCUGGCACGAAAAGUACAUCACAGCGUUGACAGAGCUCUUCGAAGAACACAAGGCAAAGUGCGGUGCUAAGGACGCCUCUCUAACCGUGCUGUGAAUGAAAAACGACGCUGCAGUCAAUCUUUCGUCACACGUCCAUGGUACACCGCGACGUCAAUGUGGGACGUAUUUCCUCCUGUUUUGCCAACUCUAAGCAUUAUGUUGAGUGAAUGAGUAAGGCGAAUGGACGGGCGGACUGACCCAAGUGCGGAUGCUUUAUUGACAUCCCGUUUGGACACACGCAGCAACCAGGUCGGGCUUCAGACAUAUGGUCGUCCUUAGCCCAUGCUGUACUUUUUGAUUUUCGCGCACUUCAGAAGCUUGAUUAUGUUAAAAGGCGCCCGAACUCCAUGGUGUUUCGUAAAUCAGAAAUUGGGAUCCUCCGCUUUCGGAGUAUGUUUCUCUUGGAAUUCGUAGAGUGUUUAUUGGAGUUUAUUUUGGACGUAUAUUUAAUGUUUAUUGGAGUUAUUAUUUUUAGAUUUAUAACACGGGCUAAUGUUUUCUGUUUUUUUGCUUUUUAUUAUUAAUGUACUCACGUUUUUUUUUUUUAAUUUAUAAAUAAAACUAAAUGACGGCGGA